UGGCCCCAUUCUCGACCCAGACACUGGCCUUAUUGAGAUCAACAAGAAGAACAGGGCGAGGGGUUUUAUACCGCCACACGAUCCCAACGUUCCUGCCACGGUCCCGAUGAAUCGUAUUCCCGCCCACCUGACCAGUGGAGGGGACUACGACGUCGUUCCACCCAAUGCAACCACUGCUCUGGGAGCACAGGGCACAAAUACCACUGGUCAGAUGGCAGCAAAUGGAGAGGCCGAGAAUGAGUACGACGUCGCCCUGCCACCAACAGCCGCCAAGCCUGGUGCGGACCCGGCCGGUGACACCUACGACACGUUCACGUUCAACACUGAACCGACUGGUGAGGGUCCCGACCCGAGCACGUACGACCACAUCGGCAAGGUCUUGCCGAACGCUGCCGUAGUCACUGCCCCUGCUUCGGCUUCACCUGCGGUGCCCAAACCGGAUGUGUACUCGACGGUCGAUUCAACCAACCUUGCACCGCAGGCCCCAGCACUGGCAACAACUCCUACACAGCCUCCUCCUGACGCGGCCCAGGGCACGGCCGCUGACGACCAACUGCCACCACCAAAUUUGGAGUCCCCGGCUACGGAUUCACCUGCACCUCCCAGAGACGUGUACUCAAUGGUAGAUCCAACAAAGAAAAAGCGCAACAAAUAGAGUGGAGACAUCCCAACGGCAUGCCUUGUAAGGCCACUUCUCACAACCCAGCAGUACUUGUACAUGGUAGGAGGGCAUGCCUUGUAAGGCCACUUCCCACAACCCAGCAGUACUUGUACAUGGUAGGCUAAGUCUGACGCUUUCCUUCCAUCCUUUUUCGACCUCACCUCCUUCCCUUUCUUUCCUCUGUAUUGUCAUCAUCGGUCUUCUUCAGCCGUCAGCAACCACUCCUGCUCUCUCAUUCUGUCUGUCUUUCCCUGUUUCUUUUUUUCUUUCUUCCUGUCCCUCUUCCCGUACCCCAGGGCCUCGGGCAAGCCUAUCUGAAACUAGGCCACAGUUCUUCUGGCUGACGUGCUCAGCUGCACCUGCCAUCACCAUCCCAUUGGCCCGGUUCUCCGUUUGCAUGUUGCCCUAUGUCUAUGACUAUCGGCCCGCAUGCACACACGAGCGCGCACGCACAGAUACAUACAUGCACACGCACACACGCACACACAUACACACACACAUGCUCACAAUGCGUUCCACGCUACGCACGCAUGCACACACACGCGCGCACACGCGCCAUCACAAUGCUUUCCACACUGCGCUUGCUGCAUGCCAUUCUCCCCUUUGUUAAUGUUGUUGUGCAUAUUUGAGCACUGCACUUUCCCAAGUCCCUUUGUCAUGUUCUUCGCCAGGGGCUGCUCGACCCGCACGAAGUUCGACAGACACCUGCAUGCCACUCUCCUACUUUUUGCCACAAAAAAAAUGCAAAAUCCUACAAAAAGGUUUCACUCUGCUCAUGUAUAACACAUCUGUAGUGCAUGUAUGGUCUGCAUGCCCACAUUAAAUACGCUCCAUCAAAAUCAGUCAUAGCUGUCACCCAUCCACUUGCAUGCUUCCCCUGGUCACCAACUGCUAGCAAACACACUGUUACAAUUCCCCAAGAAAAAAGAAAAACAAUAGGACAAGUUAGUGUUGCACGUUGCCGUAUUCUCUCCCUCCGCAUGUGAUUCCGUUUCCUUGUUUUUAUUUCUCUCGUUUUUUCUGUUUUUGGCUUUUCCACUUCCUCUGUACAUGUGGUUACUUCAUCUUACGCAACCACUUGUAGCGGUAACUUAGUAGUGUCCCUUUCCUGGUGGCAAGCAGCCUUUGAGCUAGUUUAGCAACCUGCCAAACAAUGUAUGCCUCCCUUUUCUUUUUUAAAUUACUGUAUGGUAUGGUUUCUUACCGUGUUUUGCGGCCAAUUUUGAGCAGUCCCCAGUUUCGUUUCCUUUUCAGUUCGAGCCGUACUCCAUUUUCUCCCUUUUUUUAGUAGUUCAAGUUGUUUGUGUUACUCGGCACUUUGCCGUUUCUUGCGUGUUCAGGCUAGCUACGGAGCCGUGCAUUGUUUGCAAUCAACGUUAUCUCAUCAGAUCCUCAAAUAUAUCUCUGUGCAGUGCAGGUUUUUGGCCUGACCUUGCGCCAGAUUACAGUAUCUGUGAGGCAUCCACUUUGCGUCACAUUGCCGUUUAUCUCCUAUUUUUUUCACUCCACCAAUGGGCAAUGCCUCGACGGCCGUUUCUUCCGUAUUCUUCCUUUCUCUUCUUGUUUCUCGUUUUGAAAAAAACUCUGAAAAUUUUGGUCCUGCCA